AUGUAUGCUCUAGAACUUGAAACAGUGAAGGUGGAUCCUAAUGCACAGAAGAAAAACCCUAACCAAACAUGUCCUUUGAGGCAUUUGAAAGGACCCAAUUUGGCAAAAGUCCAUAGCCACGAUGCUGGGAUAUUUACCACAAUCCUCCAACCACCAAAUACCAACAAAUCACUCACAGUCACGGAAGCUGGAAGAAUAUUGCCCCAACUUCAAAAUGAUAAAAAGAAGAUUUUGCUGGUCCACCAGCUUGAAAGAUCUUACUUGGCGAUGCUCCUGUUAGGUGAAGUGAGGGUCUUGAAAGAGCUUAACAGCGCUGUUCUUAUCAGCCAAGGAAAAUUGAAGGAUUUGUGGCACGAUCCUGAACUUUGGCCAAAGAUCUCUGGGAUGUUUUAA